AUGGCAGCCGCUCCGCAGCACACCUCUCUCGAGACCAACGAGAAGGGCGAGGAAAUCUACACCAACGAUGUCAACAGCUCUCAACUCAGUCAGCCGUCGGAUCUCGACGACUAUCCCGACCCAGAUGUGGGAAAAAGCGAUGAAGAACGCGCUAGGCUUGACAAGGCUCUCGUCUGGAAAAUGGACCUGUGGUUGAUUCCGUGGCUUUCGCUCCUGUAUCUGCUCUCGUUCCUGGACCGCACCAAUAUUGGAAAUGCGCGCGUUGCGAAAAUGGAGCCCGAUCUCAAGAUGGGUGGCCGCGACUACAACAAUGCUUUGACCAUCUUUUUCAUCUCAUAUGCUGGCUUUGAGCCGCUGACCAACAUCGCCAUCAAGAAAUGGUCACCCCGUGUAUUCUUCACAGCCAUCAUCCUCGCCUGGGGUAUCAUCAUGACUCUGAUGGGUGUUGUCCAUAACAAGGAAGGUCUGCUGGCCUGCCGAUUUUUCCUUGGUAUUGCCGAGGCCGGCCUGUUCCCUGGUGUCAAUUACUACCUCUCCUGCUGGUACAAGCGUCAAGAGCUCGGUUUCCGUGCUGCUCUCUUCUUCUCGGCUGCUGCGCUUGCCGGAUCGUUCGGUGGUCUCCUGGCUGCUGCCAUUACUCAGAUGCACGGUACUGCUGGUUACGAGGGAUGGCGAUGGAUUUUCAUCAUCGAAGGUCUAAUGACCGUUGCCGUCGGUCUGCUCUGCUGGUGGAUGACUUUUGAUUUCCCCGAUACGGCUCGCUUCCUUACUGCCGACGAAAAGCUCCGAGCAGUGCGCAGGCUCAAAUUGGAUGGACAAUCUCGCGCCAAAGUAGGAGGUAUUGACCGUCGACACGUCUUCGCUGCCCUUCGCGACUGGAAGACAUGGGGAUAUGCCGUCAUCUACAUGGGUUGCCUGUGCCCGUUGUACUGCUUCUCCCUCUUCCUUCCGACCAUUCUUCUCGGUAUGGGUCAUGCGGGUACCAAGGCCCAGCUGUUGUCAGUUCCACCAUACGCUUGCGCUGCUGCCUUGACCGUCAUCGUUGGUUGGGUAACCGACAAGACGAAGCUGCGCGGUAUUUGCAACAUGAUGGUGGCAAUCCUGGGUUGCAUUGGUUUUAUCAUGUUGCUUGCGACCACAAACCCCACCGUUCAGUAUGCUGGAACAUUCCUCGGCGCAAUGGGCAUCUACCCUACCGUCUCAAACACCCUGACAUGGGCUUCCAACAACGUCGAAGGCUCGCUCAAGCGCGGUGUCAUGGUUGGUGUUGUCGUCGGCUGGGGAAACAUGAACGGUGUUGUGUCCUCAAACAUCUACGACUCCAAGGAGAAGCCACAUUAUCGUACUGGGCACAGCAUCGUCCUUGCCUACCAGUUUUUGUUCCUUUUCGGUGGAACCGUCUUCAUGCACUUUGCACUCAAGCGCGAGAACAGACUCAGGAAAGAGGGCAAGCGCGACAUUUGGAUCCAGGGCAAGACGGAGCUGGAAAUCGAGGAGAUGGGCGACAUGCGCCCCGACUUUUACUACACCACCUAA